GGGGAUUUUCAAGAUUCAGAGACAAGAGUUGGUAACAGGAAUAAAUUUAAUGGGAGUGGAGAAAGUAGGAGGUAGAGGGACAUCAGAAUCCUAAGUAGCACGACAAUAUAGCUAGCGUAGGUUAAGAGCAUAGAAUUUGAAAUCAACAACCUGAAUUUGAAUCUAUCUCUUACUAGCUGUGUUACCAAGAUAAUUCAUCUCUUUCCACCUCCAUUUUCCUGAGGGAAGAAGGAGUUGACAACAAUUCUCCCUUAUGUCUUUUUGUGAGGACAAACUCAGCGCAAAUGGAGAGUGCAGUGAAAUCCCUUUGGUUUGUGACUUAACAGGAAAGGAUGGCGAAUGUAGUGUUGACUACGAUGGGCACAAUGUAGCUACCAUCCUUGACACUGACUAUACUGACUAUCUCAUUUAUCAUGUCAAGAAUUCCGAAAAUGAGGAAAAAUCCCAAAUUAUGGAGCUCUAUGGCCGAGAACCAGAUGUGAGCCCAGAACUCAAGGAAAAGUUUGUGGAAUAUUGUGAAAAAUAUGGAAUUGUUAAGGAAAACAUACUUGACUUGACCAAAGUUGUGCUGAAUGACUGCUUCCACACCUGGGCUCCAGCAUCCUCCCUUCCUGGUCCCCAUGUCCUCCUGUGACAAGUUCUGUGACCUGGUUUCCGUCACUGUCACACACGAAGGCAUUAUCCCUGCGUCUUCAGGAUCUUCCCUAAUUGCCUAAGAAGACUCAUCAAUUCACCAAGAAUCAAAAGUUUUCUCUGAAUUCCUCACUCUCUUUGCCAAGCCCAGGGGAAGUCUACCAUGAAUAAUACCUUCCUUGACAUGGUCAAUAAAUAA